AUGGUGAUCAUUGGGCUCAUCCGCCUAGAUUCAUGCCUCCACACACCCAUGUAUUUUUUCCUGAGCAGUCUCUCCUUCCUAGACAUCUGCUAUGCCUCCAGCAUUGUCCCUCACAUGCUUUUCAGUCUGGCAUCUGGGCACUGGACCAUCUCUUAUGCUGGCUGCAAGGCACAAAUGUUUGUGGCAUUGACCUGUGGCAUCACUGAGUGUAUGAUGCUGGCUCUCAUGGCCUAUGACCGCUACGUGGCUGUGUGUCUUCCACUGCGGUAUAUGACUAUCAUGAACCACACAGCCUGCCAGGUUUUAGUGGCCUUUGCCUGGCUGGUCAGCCUCAUGCUUUCUGUUGUGCCUGUCUUCGGCCUGCCAAUGCCCUUCUGUGGCCCCAAUGAGGUAGAUCAUUUCUUUUGCGAGGUGCCAGCAGUAAUGCAGCUGGCCUGUGCCAACAUGAGCUUCAGUGAGACUGUCAUGUUCGGCAGGGACAUCUUCACCCUGUUCAUUCCUUUCUCCUUCAUCUUGGCCACCUAUGGCCGUAUUGCCAUCACUAUUCUGCGCAUCCAUUCAAACCAAGGCAGGCGCAAAGCCUUCUCCACCUGCACCUCCCACCUGACAGCAGUGACCUUGUUCUACGGGACAGCCAUCUUCAUGUACAUGCGGCCCAGAGCCAGCCGCUCCCCAGCACAGAACAAGAUGGCUGCUGUCUUCUACACAGUGGUGACUCCCAUGAUGAACCCUCUGAUCUAUAGCUUAAGGAACAAGGAAGUGAAGGGAGCCAUGUCUAAGGUCAUAAACCUAGGAAGGAACAUGUUCUCUAGAAUGGCAUAA